AUGAGUAGCAAGCUUUGGGAGUUUUUCAUUCAAGAUGAUGUGGAGAGCUUCCACCGCUUUCUGGCGAACGCAACAUUCGCCGGACCGCGAGCUGGAGGAGCGCCCGGAGGCGCCGCAGCUGCUGGCGCAGCGGCAUCAAGUCUAUCGGCCAAGGUUGGAAGCCCCGGGUCGAUGAUCGCCUCGUCUCCCAAUCCCCCGAAAUCGAAGAAACCAUACGGACAAUCACCCGGGACUUCCUUUCCCGAGCGACCGGCUUUCCAGAAGGGUAAUCUUGCAUUAUCUCGCGCCGAUGUCAAUGCCCGAGAUCACUAUGGUAGAACGCUCCUUCAUCACGUUGCAUCGUCUCCAAAACCCACGGCCGCCAGCUUUGCGCGCACACUGCUGGAGAUUCCAUUCUUAGAUAUCUAUGCGCAGGACUGGGAGAGCGGCUGGACGGCUCUGCAUCGGGCCCUCUACGCGGGAAAUGCCACAAUCGCUCAGGCGCUUAUGGCGCGUGAUAUGCGUGACGUGACAGACUUCGGCAAAGUAGGAAACACCGGGCAUCCAAGUGGUAGCUUGAUCAAGAUUAAGGACCGUGAAGGCUACAGCCCAUUCGACAUCUAUGGUGCGACUAUCACAUCUCGAGAUAUCAAACAAAUAACUCCCACGGCGGGAUGGCCUGACUCAUUGGUCCCGGAUGUGGCAGACAGUGAUGCUGGUUCAAAUGCUGCGUCUCAUUAUGGAGACGAGGGCGAGGACGAUGCAUAUGUGACUCGGAGCGUCCUCAAGUCGCGAAAUGAUUUCUCCGCCGAUGAGGUCUUUACCUUGGGCAGCAAUAAGAACUUGAACCUCGGGCUUGGAGAUCAAGACGAUCGCCAGUUUCCUGAAAGGGUUACUCUGAAGCGUCCAGAUCAUCUGCUACAACGAUUCUACCGCGAAUAUGAGGAGAAAAUGGAGCGCCUUGGUCUUGAGGAUACUCUUGAUCACAGCAACUCAAAAGACCUGCCGACUUUGAUCAAGAACAGGCCGAUAAAAUAUCAAAACGUGGUCAUGUCAAAGCUACACACUGCCAUCCUCACAGAUGAUCCUGAGGCUAACUUAUUUAUGUGCGGGUUUGGACCCGGCGGCCGUUUGGGAACUGGCGAUGAAUCGACCCGAUUCACGUUCGUCUGCAUCGAGACUGGUGGCCUGGCUGGCAAGAAGGUCAUACUUGUCGCCCUGGGCCAAGAUCACAGCUUGGCCAUUACCGAUCACGGUGAGAUAUUCAGUUGGGGAAGCAAUAAGUUCGGGCAACUCGGUUACGGCCUGCCCAGGACAAGCAAUAAAAAUGAUGUCCCCAUCCAGAGUACCCCGCGUCAGAUCUUCAACCCAUUCAAGAAGGAAAUCAUUCUCGGAGCGGCGGCGUCCUCGAUACACUCAGUUGUCUUCACCGAUUCAGGUCUCUACACUUUCGGCAAGAAUGAAGGUCAACUGGGAUUAGUUGACUCCGAUGCACGUUCCCUUGAAGUGCAGACAACACCUCGACGAGUUGGUGCCUCUCUGUUCAAGAGUCCAAUCCAAAUGGUCUCAGCUAUUGACCGCGCUACUGCUGUGCUUCUUCACAAUCACGAAGUUUGGGUCUUUUCGCAGUAUGGCUAUUCUAAGCUCUCUCUGCCAUUAGAGUCUACCUCCAAGUUUAUCAGGGACAGUUUCAUGGCAACACGAUACGGUGGCUCGGUGAACCGAGUGGUUAAACUGGCAUGCGGUGGUAACACCAUUUGCGCCUUGUCAAGCUCUGGUGACGUUUUCACUGUCCAAGCGAACAAGCCUGAUGAGCCCUCAGCAUUGACAUCCACAACAAACCCGGCCAAAAUACGCAACUCUUUAGCUACUCCUAUACGGGCCUGGUCCGUCAAGAAAUCCCAUAUGGCUGCCAGUGACGUUGAUGUCGGACAAGAUGGAUCCAUCAUCAUCUGCACGACCUCAGGCUCGGCCUGGAGAAAAGAAAAACGGAGCAAAAACAAAGAAGGCACCUCCAAAGAAUUCAAAUUUGCCCGCAUCCCGGGUCUGUCUAGGGCCGUGGCCGUGCGCAGCAAUGCGUUCGGGGCGUAUGCUGUCGCUCAACGUGACUGUGAUGUAACCCGAGAGCAGAUUCACAUCGACCCAAGUACACUCUGGGAUGACUUACUGCCGCUUUCGCCUUUCAUGACACCCGAACCGGAUGAUGUGGAUAUGAUAGUCGCAGCGGAUGAUACCGAAGACCCUGUUGCGUUGUCUUCUGCGAUGGCCAUCAAACGUGACAUUUUAACCUCAUCUGAAAUGGAAGAUAAAUUUCUCUCCAUACGUUCGGAAGGCACUAUCUGGGUGACUAGCUCACUCUCGGAUGCACGAAUUCCAGCACACGAAUUUCUCUUGAGCGGUCGCAGCCCUGUUCUUCGCAAGGCGCUGCACGAUUUCCGGAAGUCAUAUUAUGCUUCCGUGCCUGAUGUCCUCGAUAUCGAAUAUGGCAAAGACGGGCAUAUUCAAAUUCGUUUGCUAGGUGUUGAUUUCCUGACUGUCAUGAAUGUCGUUUUCUUCCUUUACACGGACAGUAUCAUUGAUGUCUGGCACAAAGCGAGCACUUCUUCUCAGAAAGGCGCCCGUUACCGCCAAGUGCGAACGGAGGUUAUGCGAGUGGCCACUCAGCUCGGUCUGCCGACGCUGGAACGCGCAGCUCGCUUGAUGGUGGAGCCGCAGCCAAGCCUGAAGACUGACAUGGCACAUGCUAUCAAGCAUCCUUUCUUCUUUGAUGAUGCUGAUGUUGUGGUUCAACUUAAGGGCGAUUCUGUCAAGGUUCACAGCCAGGUGGUGUGCCAGCGCUGUCCUUUCUUCGAUGCCUUGUUCAAUGGGCGUUCGGCUGGCAGGUGGCUUGCGCACCGGCGAAAGUCUCCCUCGGAGAGAGUGCACAUUGAUCUCAAACAUAUUGAUCGAUCGACUUUCGAAUUCGUCUUGCGCUACUUGUACGCCGAUACGGAAGAGCAAAUGUUUGAUCAGGUACGGUCGAAAAAUCUCGACGACUUGAUUGACCUGCUUCUUGAUGUCAUGUACGUCGCCAAUGAGUUGAUGAUCGACAGACUCUCUCAGAUCUGCCAAAAGAUGCUUGGUCGUUUUGUCAACACACGCAACAUCUCGUAUCUUCUUAAUUCCAUCGCUCCUGUCUACGUCCGCGAGUUCAAGGACGCCUCCUUGGAAUACAUUUGUCUCAAUCUCGAAGACAUGCUUACAAACAGAUUGUUGGAAGGGCUCGAUGAGAACCUCCUCAGCGAACUUGACGCCGUCUGCCAUGAGAAUCAGCUAGCAUGCUUCCCUAUUUCUCGUGGACGUAAUUCAGAGGAGUACGUGUUCGAGAAGUACCCUGAGAUUGUCACUUCCUUGGAGAUGGACAAGCGACGUCGGAUCGAUGCAAUGGCUUUGCAGUCUCGUCUGAGUCAAGUUGAAUCCUACGAUGUGCGACCAAGACAGCCUAGUGUAGCGACCACGCCAGUGCGCAAGGGCAAGGGUAGCAUUUCCCGGGACUCUGGAAGCCUCCUUCCCAGUCCUACAUUAAAACCAAAACAAUCGACGGGUGACCUGAUGUUCCAAAUGGAUGAGGAAACCGCAUUUUCGCCUGGUGACAUCAAGGGCAAGGCUGUGAUGCGUGGAAUGAAAUUCGGAGGGACUCCGGAAAGUCGGUCUUAUCCCGAUUCUCCAGCAUUGGGAGCAAGCAUAGCGGAAGCUGAGUCCCUUGGAGAGCGUGGAUUUUUGGAUGAGCAGAUGUCUUCGCCACGAGAUAUGCAGCUUACCCAGUCUCCUACUCAAUCUCGCGAGAUUGCUAUGCAUCUGAAGCGUGGCAUGGCAUCGCCGCCAGAUUCCUCAGCACCGUGGGCCUCGCCGGUCAUUUCAAACAAUAAGAAGGACCUCAAAGACAUCAUGGGUGAAACCUCUCAGUCCCGGGUAUCAAACCUUACAUUAGGCAUGGAAGGACGACGUGAGAUCAGCGGUAACUUCAAAAUGUCCCAAAAAGAGCGGAGGAAGAUGCAACAGCAGCAAAUGCAAGACAAGCUUGCUGCCGAAGAGAAGGCGAAAGAGGCUGUAAAGAACCCUUGGGCGCUGCCACCUCCGGCUACACCUUCAAAGCUCGUGAAAGAUCCUCUCCCGGGACUAAGUAGACUCAGCUCACCUGAGCCAUCGAAAAAUGCACACAAGCUAUCGAUGACUAUGCGCCAAACCGUGGCAGGGACACCUCCGCCGAAGCCAAUGGCCACCCCGACACAGUCCCACGGCCGCAGUGUCUCUAUCAGCAUGCGACCAUCUUCCUUCUCGAAGCGUCCCUCCCCUGGGCCUCCAACACCAGCUCAACAAACUCUUCCAAAGGCGUCACCACAAACUGCCAUCCAGUCUGUUCGUCAUAUCCCACGUCCAGAGCCCUACCCAUCGGGUUUCCACUCCCCGUCCAGUGGCUCUCUUUCUCUCGCAACCAUCCUGCAGCAACAACAGAUCGAGAAAGACGUUAUUCGCGAGGCGGCCACGGCCAAGCAUAACCUACAAGAGAUUCAAGCCGAGCAAGAGUUCCAAGCAUGGUGGGAUCAAGAGAGCAGGCGCGUGCAGGGCCUUCUUGACCUGGAAUCCACGCAACAGCCCAACGGCAAGGUUGAACGAGGUGGCAAGUCUUCUGGUACUUCCGGGACGCCCCGUAAGCGCGGAGGCAAAAAGAAUGCCGCUGAUGGGGCUGGUUCUCAGGCCCAGAAAAUGUCCAUACCAUCUCCAGGUCCAACUCUAGCACCUUCCACACCCAAGAAGAGUGCGAAUCCCCCCAUCACAGCCGCGAUAUACGCACAAUCAGACUCCCAAUGGCGGUGCCAACAAGGGCCCUCGUCGUGGAAAUGA